AUGCCGAGGAUUAUCAACGACCCAAACUUAAACGUUUGCCCGGACUAUGCCUCACCGCACUAUGCUAACGCACGAGCGCAACUGGUAAACGACAAUGUAACCGAGGAGCAGUCCAUACAGCUCCUCAGGACCAUCUGGCGCGCAGCCAACGAUGCAGACAUUGACCUUUGGGAAGGUCAGGUAGAGGUCAAAAGAGAGCAACGCGAGAACUUACGUCGGAUACAAGAGGAGGAGCAAGACAGAAUAGAGCAGGAGCGCAUCGACGAGGAAGAGUCAGCACGGAAAGAAGAGAAAAAGAAGCACAAACAUAAGUUUAUGCCAAUCCCGGAAGACACUGGCGUUCCAGACGAACCCUCCAUAAUUCCCUCCUCCUACGCGAUUCGCAAGCUCGACAAAGGCGAGUACCUUGAACUGUGGUAUUUCACUAACGACGAUGGAUCCACAGCCUGGGUGUCGGCAGCAGCGGCACGCAACGCCUCGUCCGUCGUAGACGAUGAGAACCUCUCCUUCGAGGAAUUUUGCAUAGCCUGCCCAAGGUUCAUAGCGGCCAUCGAAGAGGCCGACUGGCCACAAGACCGAGUUCGCAUGAUGGCCUUUUUCUGGAAGAAUAUACAGAUCCACCCUUAUCGUUCCAUGCGGGACCCGCUUGCCCAGAAGGCUUUACUAGUUUAUCAAGCCGAGCAACGCAAACAUUGGCACGUUGUUGCGAAAUCGGCAGCAGGUCCAUACAAUCUGUCCACCAUCAAUCAAAAGGUGUUAGACGCAACGAGGGAGAGAGUAUACUGGCUAGAGCGUACCAAAAAAGACAACCAACGAGAUUAUAAGGUUAGCAAACUUUCCAUUGCGAAAUUUCGAACCAUUACUAAAUGCUUCUCUCGCACCCAAUUUUCUUCUUAA